GCUUGCAGCCGGCCGGGGUCUCGUCAAUAUGGCGGCGCUAGGCACCUCCUCGACCUCUCCCCUCAACCUGUCUCCCACGUCCCCGUCCCCGCCGGGACCGCCGCCGACCCCGCCCCCGACCUCGAACGCGCUCUCGGAGUCGCCCGUGGAGUCGAAGGAGAGCUCCCCGAGCCCAGUGCCUCGCUCCGCCUGCCUCGAGAACUCAUUGCCCCUCGCCGUGUUUUAUGGGCCCCUGGACGCUAAAAACCCACUCCUGGCCUCCUGCGAGAGGGAAGUCCGGGAAUUGCUAGGCUUUAUGAAGAGAAAGAAGGCGUUAGCGAUAACGGAGGAGCAGAAGCAUGAAUUCCACCGGCUUUGCGCCACCUCUUUGUUUAAUAUCUGGACCAAAUAUGCCCCCCGGCUGCCAGCUGCCUAUUACAAUGAAAAGCUUCUGAAGGUUGGCGAUAGCCUUUGUGAAAUGAAAGAAUAUAAAUUGGCGCUUUUACAGUGCUAUGGAAGGUAUCUUCAGCAGUUCACUAUCAACUUUGAUGAGAACAAAGCAGACGUGAAUCAGUUCAAAAUGGCCUUUUUCCCAAAAGGCUUUGGAGACAAAACUGCAGCACAUACAUUUCACGCUUUAAGUGGCAGAAAUAUUUGCAACUAUGAGCUGGUCUGUGACAAUGAUGUGAACCUGAAGAAUAAAGACUCUGUGAGCCAGUGUCUGCAUAUUUUGUCCUCCUUAAGACUUAUCAUGCAGCUGGCUUUGCCACAGGAACACCUUUGCUGGAUUAUCUUUAAUGGUACCAUUUACAUUUACACCAUUUGCAGAAAACUGAUGAUCAUAGGUCAGUCUUCCAAGGCCUUGGAGUACCUCCUGUGGGCCAGCAUGUGUAUGGAGUUCUCGGUCCCCCUCCUGUCGGUCCGGUACUUGACGUGGAGAGCUACCCUUUACACUGCUGUCUGCCAGGGCUACUAUGACUGCCAGGCUGGCAUUCACGGAGAGGCAUUUGCUCGGCGUGCUUUAGCUAAAAUUGAUGAGUUAAGGCAACUGGAACUAAUGAGUUCCUCACAAUCACAGGAAGAAUCCAGAAGACAUUAUAGAGAGGCCACAAUAAAGAUGGCAGUGAUGAUCUUCAAAAGAGGAGUAUUUGAAUCUAGAAGAAAAAACAAAAGUUUCUUUAGACCAAAGAUAAGAGUUAACCUGAGGGAAGCUCAAACUUUGCCAUGGCCACGUACCGUCACAGAGCGGCUGUUGGAUGAGAUGUUUGACAGUACCGCAUCCCGGUUUCUGGCUGUCUUAGAAGCUCUUUCUGAUUCAAAUAGGCGCACACUGCAAACUGGACCCAUUGUUACAGAUGAAGUAGAAGUUCGUGAUGUUGUCUCAGAACUGUUUAUGGCAGGAAAAGAACUUUUAAUAAUGUCAAGUACUGGUGCAGAUGGAAUGCUUGAUUUUCCACAAACAUCUCUUUUGCAACUUACUGUAAAAGGAAAAAAUGUUAUUUCUAUAGAUGCUGCUGUGAAAUUUGUAAAGUUAGCUUUUACUUAUGAGGAAUGGAGUUUAUUUGAAUCUUUAGCUGGGCAGCUUAUUGAUUUUCUCCAGAGGCAGGAUGAUCCAGAGUCAAAGAAAGCAGAAAAGGAUUUAAUUCUCCUUGUUGCAAUAGAACCUUUAAUCAACGUAAAGAGAAACAAAGGUUUGGUCUUUCCCAUGGAAAAUUACAAAGAAGGACAAUCAGCUCAAAUUAAUGUUAAGAAAAUUGCUUUUCAAGAUUCUUGUUUGAAGACUUAUGGAUAUUCAGAAGACAUUUUCCAUUUGGCAGCAACCUUGUACUCUUGUGUCUGUGCUUCUCCCCAGAAUGUUCAGCCUGAUAAAGAAAUCGUUGUGGACAUGAUAAUGUUCCUAUGGCAGAAAUGCAAAUUAGGAAUUCAGCGGAUCAAUAUGCCCAGAAAUGACUAUGCAAAAUUCACCCAGAAAAUCAGUACUAAUAAAUGGGUUUAUCUUCUGUGGCAGAUAAAUGAAGUAAUUCACUGCUAUAAAAUGGAAGACAUUGAUGUUGUGGUGGUAGCAGAGGUCACGUUGCGAUUAAGUGAAAUAUUGGAGUUAUUAGGAAACCCACGAAGAAAAUUUAAAAAAUCUCUAGAGAUACCUUUAAGAAAAGGAACUGGUGAAUCCUUUGGUAUUUCGAGAGGGAACGUAGAAAUUCUUCCAAUACUAAAGAAGAAACCCGUGGAACAGUUAUUUUUGGCUUAUGAACUUCUUGACAAAGCAAUUGAUGGAAUAAACUUGAAUUGCAUGUUAACUACUUUGCCAAAUGGAUCAUCAGUGAUUGACCAUUGCUAUGCCAAGUACACCCAGGAUAUAGAUGGAGACAUGUGCAAACCAGUCACACCAAAUUCUUUCAUGAUGGAUUUGCAUCUUGAACUAAUUCAAGCCCAGCACCGGAUAGCUGUUGUGCUUCUUGACCAAUUGCAAGUUUUGCAGACUCCAACUAUUAGCAAACACAUAUCUACCAAAGGUCCAGAAAAGCUAAAACAACCUAGAAGCAUUGACUGUUUUACAGAAUUGAAUGUAAUGAAUAAAAUAAGGAAGAAUAAGCUAUCCAAAGCAAUUUACUUGAUGCAGAAAGCUCUUCUAAUAUUUGAGAAAGAUGCGGCCUCUACAUCUUCACACAACCUUUUGAUGGAAGCAUAUUCUUUAAUUAAGAAGACUGAAGCAGAACAAAAUACCCUGUAUUCAUAUCAAAAAUAUGUGGAGAGUUCAAAAAGAAAGAAAAGCAGAUUUCCUCCCCCACCUAUCCUGCUAUCCCGAACUUAUUGUUCUGUGACAUUGAAACCCGCUCCAUUUAUUUCAGAUGUUAAGGUUUCCUGGUACUGCAUUUUGGGUUGCAAAGCAGAAGGGAGUUAUGGAAAAGUAAGGCUAAAUCAUAAUCAUCUCCCAAACUCAGGAGAAGCGAUACCAGCUGAUGGUAAAAGCAUUUUUGAAGUGAAAGGUUUAGAAACCAAUGAAAAAUAUGUCUUUGCAAUUGCUGCUUAUUCUUCUAAUGGGAAGCUUAUUGGUGAUGCUGUUGGGGAGACAACUAAACCAAUUCUGGUUUAUCCACCUCUUUCUGCUGUUACUGCUCGGAUGUUCUUGACGCAGGUUGCCUAUCAGGCUGGUACCUAUGAGUUGGCUAAGAAGGCUUUCUCACCAGUUUGGGAUUAUUUUGUUGCUUCACCACAUCAAGAUGAACAAUCUGUUAUUUGUUUAAGCAAUAUAAUGACUAUUACACAGAGAAGAUUAUAUUCAGAUAUUUUGGCAGAGACUUCUUCAAUCCUCUUAUACCUUUUUCUUAGAAAUAUUUUUGUAACAAGUGACAUUAAAAUUAAAGAAGAAAAUCUUUUCUGUGAUAGUAUUAAAGGCAAUGAGCUUUUUCCCUCUCAACAAAUUACUAGACUAAUUGAAUGUGAGAGAGUCUUAGUGGCAUUGGAACUCAGCAGCCACCUAAAUGAUUCCAGUUAUGUCCUUCAAGCUGUGACUCAGUGUUAUGGCCUUCUUGCUCCUAUAAUCUACCACAAUAUUGUUUUGGUACCUGUCAUACAGAUCUUGAUAAAGUGUGUAGUGGCUUUGCAAGGAUUACCAAAUAUCAUCCACUCAAAGAAACAUAUUGCAAGUUUUGAAAGUGUACAGCACAUGAUAGCCUGUUGUAUCUUCUACAUAACAAAGAUUCUGCGUUCAUGGAAAGAAUAUGACCUGGCAGUAAUGAUCAUAAAUUAUGGAAAAAAGAUGUUGGACAUCACAUCAGUUUGCAAAUCUCUAUUUGGUGUGUCUGACCAAGAAGAAAUGCAAGAGGAGGGUUCUUCUAAGAAGUCUUCCAAGCCGAAGAAGCCACAGCAGAUAAUAUUACCUGAAAAAAUAAAUGAACAGCUGGCCUUGUUGGAGACACACCUACUCAAACUGACAAAGCAAUAUGCUACAGCUGAACUGUCAGGAGCAGAGGACCCUAUAUUUCUUUACCCUGUUGUUUUAAACUGGUCGGUCAAAGGUGCUGUAAAAGAAGUUAUGAAAUUUAAGCAGAGACCUAGAUUCCUAGAAUUCUUUACACAAGUGAUGCUAAAAUGUAUGAAUGAUGAAAAAUUUCAUCUUAUGGUGGAGAUAACAAAUCCUGUUUAUGACUUCUUGAAAAGGAGGAAUGAGUCCCUACUUGGAAUAAGAAGAAUGAAAUAUAAGGAUAAUGUUUUGUGUAAAAAGACAACCAAACCUUUGAAGAAGUUCAAAGCUGCAGUAAUGGAGAUUGGAAGGACUAUAGAACUGUUGCCAAGAAAAAGAAGAAAGGAAACUCUAAGAGAAUUUUUUUCCAAAAAUCCAUCUUUUUCUGAAAUGGUGGAACAUGAAAGAAAUAAGAGAACUGAUGUUAGAAAACUUGCCUAUCGAUUCCUGGUGGAUAACUUGAAUCCUAUAAUAUUAAGUUUUGUGAAAAGGAAGAGGUUCCAUCAAAUAUUUCUUGAGGAGAUGCCCUGGAGAGCUCAGAUGAACCUGUAUCUGGCAAGUGCACACUUCAACCUGCUUUUAACGAAGCUAGGGGAACGUAUGAAGAUGAAAUUUGGCUCUUCACAUCCAGUGGUCAGUUUCCGAUCAUGUGAUCCUAAUAUGUUCUCACUAUAUAAUUCAGGAACAGUAUUACCAACGGCGAAAUUGACUCUAGAAAACUAUAAACUGAUACUUGAUUUCCUUCAUACAGCUAAAAAAAGAAAGGCCAACUUACCAUCAGAUGCUGAAGAAUUUUCCACAUUUGUUAAUUCCAGAAUGAGUGAUGAAAAUGUAUCCAAGACACAAACAGUUUAUGAUUCAGACUCUCAGUCAGGUCUUAGUGCUAAAGAAAAGGAUCAAGCAGCAAAUUUGAGUCUAUUGGAUCAUUUUAUGAAAAUCUUCUUAUAUUGCAGGAGAGCAAUGGUUCUUGCUCAUCGUGGUGGCUAUUGGACUCUGCUCCAGAAUUGCUGUCGGGCCCUUUGGAACUUUACUCAGGAGCUGCAGAUACUUCUAAAACAAGCAGUGGAUAUGUAUAAAACAUUUCCUAUUAGCCAGGAUAGUUUCCUCUGUACCUGUGUUUUGCCAUUCUAUUUGGGAGCGGAAUUACUUAUUGAUAUGUUAAUAGAACUACAAAAUAUCAAUUCUAUUAAGGUUAUUGAAGAAAAAGGGGAGUUCAGUGUUCCAAGCUGCUAUGGAAAUAUUAAAAAUGAUAACGGUGGUUCUAGCCUUGAUUUUGAGCAUCUUUUGGAUGAUGUAAAUGUGGUUGAUUUGAAAUGGAUCCAUAACUUUGUGUUGAAAUCUCUGGAACUUUUGUAUCAAGUGGAAAAAUGGGAAACACUGGUAUCACUUGCUAUCCAGUUCAAUACAAUUUCACAUGAGAGAUACACAGAGCAAGUGACACCACUCCUGGUGUAUGCACAGCGUCAGCUUCUUCUAAGAAUAUCCAAGUUCAAUGGCCCGGAUGCUACCCAACAACCUUGUGCAAGAUAUGAGGCUGAAUACAAAGAGAAGAUAACCUGCCGAAAUUUCAUUGGGAAGCAGCUCAAGAUUAAUCCUUCAACCAGUGAAGUAACAGAUACAGAAAACUGUGCAGAUAUCCUAAAAAAGUUUAUCUAUUCAGAAUACAGCCACGCCAAAGAGCUCGUCUGUGUGCCUGUGGAUGUGACAGACACUUUGAGGUGUUUUAGAGAGACCCUGGAAAAAUCCAGAUAUCAUAACAGAUCAAUCCGACACAGCAGAAAGUUACUUUCGUUAUUCCUUGCACAGACACAAGGAGAUAAAGGAGGAAUAAACAAUUCGAAAUUUACUACUGGAAAGGUGGAAUUUUGCCUGGGGACAGAAGAGAUGCAUAUGCCAACACCGCCCAACCUCUCUCAGGAACACUUCAGAGUUUUCAGUUCAGUGGAGAAAAGUAAACUUCCCAGUUCGCAACUGGGACUCGUAAUUUCCUCUUAUUAUGAAACCAUUGAUGUUCUCCAAGUCAGCCAUCAAAGAAGUCUCAAAGUUCAGGCAUUGCAUGAACUCGGAAGCCUUCUCGUCUUUGCCGGAAAGAAAAGGGCUGCUUUUAGAUGUUGGUGUCAAGCUCUUGAUGACAUAUUCAAAAAAGAAGAUGUUCUGUAUACAUGGAAAGAGUUUGGUACCUUGCUCACCAAUGCCACCAACAGCUAUUCACCUCCAGGUUCCAAAGAUUAUAGUGAGGAAUUUCUGUCAAAAGUUGGCAUUUGGGGAUGUUUGCAAGGAGCAGUCAUAUCAGCAAAGAUAGCACAAUUUAUUAUGAUCUCGGAGGUUGACAAGAGAACCAAUUGUUGCAUUUUGUCUGCAUUACUCUUUCAGGGUUUGCUUAGAACCACACUUCCACACCCCAAAGCUGAACAUUGCUAUGCUCAGUAUGAAAUCAGUCAGCUUCUCCCAGGCAUCGAGCUCUUCUCAGACAGAUACAGGGCUGACAUUUGCUCUGUAGUCGCAUGUCUGUAUUACAUUAUACGUGAACUACACUAUGCUAAGCAAAAUCUAAUAAUUCUGCCUCUCCUUGCAUUGUAUGAAUAUUUUGUGUCUGGAAUUUGCCAAGACCUCGUCAGAAAUCUAGAAGCAAGGAUCCUCAAGAUUCAGGUCCUUACAGAUUUAAGAUUUUUUUCUGAAGCCUUUUAUGAGAUAGCCCAGAUUUUUUAUGGAAAAAACAUGCCUUCCUCGAUACCCUCUGGCUGUAAGCCUCCUGGAAAAGUGAAGAUAUUUCAAUCAUUUGACUCAGGAAAACCUCUUACUAGUAAAGAAAAUAUACAGGCACUUGAUGAAUUAAUUAGUAAAGGAUUGCCUGUAAUUCUGGUUACACUUGGCCAGGAACAUCUUUUAAAUAAGUUUUCUUUUGUUAAAGCAUACUUUUUAAUAAGUGUGGCUGCAACAAUAAAUUGUGUCCCAGAAAAUUCGAUGAAAACAAUCUACCAUGGACUUACUUCUGAGAAGAGUAGAGCCAACCUCCCAAACUUGAAAGAGCUAUAUUUAAAGGAUGAUGGAAGCUCACUUGGUCAGUUUGUAAAAAUGAAAGAUGACUUCACUUUUAGCACAGUGAAGUCAAUUCUCCUGACAGAAGCUGAGGGCAGACUAAACGUUCUUGUGUCAGAGAUAGAGCAUCCAGGCCACAAGAACCUCUCUCAGUGUUCUGCUGGUGAGUUGGAGAUUGUGGUGGAAGCCAGGCUUCAGCUGGCGGCAAUCGCCCUGCAGAGACACCGGGCGGCAUACAGUGCUGCAAUAGUAUUUUCUACGCUUAGACUUCUCCAGGAUUCAAAACUUUUUAAAAGGAAGGGAGUACAAGAUGACACAGAGAAUUCUGUCUCUCCAGGAGCUUCUGCUACUGAAAAUAAAGAUAACGAGUUUUUAGAUCCCGUUUCCCUAAAUUCUCGAGAAUAUUUCAACAUUCAUCUCUGGUUGAGGUGCCGCUUAGCACUGGUGACUGCAUUUGUUGCACAGAUUCAUGGCAUUGGAAUGGUGACAGAAAACGACAUGAUAGAUUACGUCAGCCUCAUCAAUGAAGUGUGCGAGGAGGCAAAAAGUGCAGGUGACAGGGAGCUACAGGCCGAGUUCUUGAUGCAAGCUGUAAUCAUUGGCCUCCAAGAAAAGCAUCUGAAGGCAGACAUCAUAACCAACCUUCAGGCGAUAAUACAUUUGCUUGAAGAAAGUGAAUUUAUUUCUCCUCGAUCUCAUUUAACCCUGGUGAGAAGCAUGCUUUUGCUGGAUGACUUAACAAAAGCCGAGAAAUUCAAGGAAACUCCUUUAAAAACAGAAAAAUUACAUUUGUUGAUUCAGUCUCACAACAUUCUUAUUGAACAGAUGCUAACUUUUGGAGAGACAAUUGAGUUUCCUUUAUCAAACACUGACUAUGCAAGUCCAUUACAGCCUUUGAAAAAUAUCUAUCUUCCUCAUGUCAUGUUAUUGGCCAAAACAAAAAUGAGAAUUGGACAUACAAUGGCCAAACAAGUAUAUUAUACCAGUAAAAAGAAGGAUCCCUCGAAGUGGUUCCCUGCCCUUCAUCUUUUUGAAAUAGCACUGAAGCUCUGUCAGGUAUCAGCAACAGAAGAACAUGAGGUGGAAGCUGAAAUUCUUUUUCAGAAAGGCAAAAUAGAACGUCAAAUAUUGAUGGAAGAGAAAUCUCCAAGUUUACAACUUGAGAGUUUAUUUGAAGCUAUACAGCUAAGCUUGAGAAAUGAUCAAAACUCAGGGUUGAUAAGAGACUCCUACUUAGAAAUGGCCCUGUUAUUUUUACAUAUGAGGAAGCCAAAAAACAAACUUUCAAUAUCACCAUUAACACUUAAGGCUUCUACCAGAAGGCAUAGUUCUAUUAAAGAACCAAUAGUAAAUAAAUUUGAAAUGUACAGUUCACUGGCCUGGAUUGUGAUAAGAGCUGCUGCCCAGGUCAGUGAAGCUGUGUUGGGAAUUAAUCUACUUAUUGGAAAGAAGAAUGCUAGAACUGAUGAAGUUAGCCAAGGGGCAUUACCAAAUAUCCCAGAAUUUGCCACCGUGGAUCUUCUGUCUUCAUACACAGAUUAUUUGCUUGAUAACUACCAAGUGGUCUUCCCCACUGGCGACACAUGCUCGUAUCAAACUGACGGAAUGUGUGGCAACACAGAUGCUAGAAAAAAACCUCAGACUAAAGUGGAUAUUACGUGGAUUCUUCUAUUGCGCUACUAUAUUCAUCUGCAAAGGAUUAAUAAUAUGAGCAAACUGCUAGCAUCUCCAAAGCCAGGAUCUGGAAUUUCAUUGCCAGAUGAUACACUUCUCACGUCCCUUUUCAACUCUGGGCUGAUUUUGCGCCAAAAAGAAAUGCAUUUUUUCCUUAAAAGAUUUUUACAGCUGUAUUCUUCCUCUUGUAUUGAUGAAUUUCCAAAAGAACUCUGUAAAGGAUUGGAAAAUACACUUUUUUCGGAAAAAAUCUCAUCUGAUUCAGUCAAGUUAUGUCAUGACAGUUCUCUACACUCUGAUUUAUCAUUAAAUAAGCUCUCUGCCAGCCCAUCUUCUGGAGAUGUGUCAUCAGUUAUGAAGAUACAAGAUUUAAACAAAGAACUUUGCUUUCAGUGGUACAUUCCUCCUCUAGAAAGACCUCCAAAGGACACAGAACCUAUGGUUUUAUUGUUGUAUGCAUAUAACAUGAAGCCCCAGAAUAUUUCAGAUGCUGUACCUAAUAGCACUUACUGCAAUGUCUAUACUGGCUCUUUCUGGGUUCCACUGAACAGAGUUAUUUCAAUUCAUGAGAAACUAUCUAAUCUUAAGCAAAUAGCUGAAAUAUCAUUGCCAACAGCUCCUGAAAUCGCUUCAGAUGAAAAUGUAUCUGAAAUGCAAGAAAUGGAAGAGAAAUCAAUUAAUAAGGAAAUGGAAAACAUGAUUAUUGAAUGUUGCUCUGAAAUCAUCAAUCUGUUUUUGACUGAUGGAGAUGUAAUACCAUUGUCUGAGGUCCCAUUUGAUAUCUCGCUGCCAUCUAUAUUCCAUCUUGAGAGACUUUUUGACCUUGCUAAUGGUUGUAUCAUAUCAGGAGGAAGCCUUUUCAACUGGAUGGUGUCGAUUAUUCCCUAAACGUUCUUUACAUGUUAACUAACCUUAUAAAGGAUUUAAUUGAUGUUCUUUUUCUUGGUUUGAAUACAUUUUGGGAACUGUCUUCUUAUAACAAGCAAAAUAAAAUGGUUUCUUACAU